AUGCCUGAGCCUGCUUCCCCCUUGCUCUCCAGCAUGCUCCAGGCCCCGAAGCGUACCCAGUCUACCAUGAACGGUACCCAGGUACCCCACGGAAAAGCAGAGCGCUGGGGAACCUGGUCGCAUCCCAAGCGGCCUCGAAAGCAGAUCCUCCUCCCGUCUUCGCCGCAAACUCCGUCUCCAAGCCAGCGUGGUGCCUCUGCACUCCGGCAGGUCUUCCAGAACGCUGGCGAACCGCCCGAGACUCCGGCCAGCAGCCACAAGCAGCAGCAUCACCGCCAGAGCCAGUCAUACCAGCAGCACCGUCAGCAAAAGUCUGCGUCUGCUCCGCGGCCUCGAACCGGUGGUAGAGCACCCAUCCCGCACUUCCGUACGUACAGCCAUACACAGAGCAGCGCUGCAAAGUCGAGGGCCGCAGCGGCGCCGGAGCCAGAGGACGAGGAUGCCCAGGAUACGGCGCGCAUACACGCUUGGCUUGACAGGGUUGUGGACGAGCUGAUUGCUGCCGAAGAAGUCGAAGCAGGAGUCGAAGCCGAAGUCCACGAUGAGAUCUGCGACGUGCAGAUUCAGCCUGCAGCAGUUUACAGGGAGCAGAAGCAGUCUGUGAAGUUCAAGGAUGUUGAUAUCGAGCCAGCAAAGGCAGACGUCCAGCCUGUAACAGUUCGCGCAGUUCGUGAAGUUCGUGACGUUGAAGUUGAAGUUCCAUCUACAUCCCACUCCCAAAAGGGACAUCCCGCUCCUGAGAAUGAAGUAAAACCUCCCAAAACACCCACCAAGACUCCCAGGAGCCGACUCGCCCUGGAUACAGACCUCCCCCGCGUCGACAGCGGCUGGGGCACUGCCAGCCCGGUCAGCAUCAGCAUGGCCUUCAUGACGCCGCGGACCGUCCCUAGAAUCGACGAAGACACCGCCGUCUGGGAGCUGCUCAGUCCCAAUGUGACGCCGUUCCGCAAAGGCAAAGGCCCCAAGCGGACGCGCCGUCGCAGCUACUACGAUGAAGAUAUCUGGCCGAGUGGCUGCAACUCACCACAGUCUCUCGCGCCUCCAGUACACCAAGUACAAGCCCUCAGCUAA